CACACGCCGCUCGGAGCCGCGUGGACAGAAACAGCCCUAGGUGGACAGACGCAGUUUUAGGUGGACAGACGCAGCUCUGGGUGGACAGACUCAGCCCUAGGUGGACAGACGUAGCUCUGGGUGGACGAGACGCAGCUUUGGGUGGACAGACGCAGCUUUGGGUGGACAGACUCAGCUCUGGGUGGACAGACUCAGCUAUAGGUGGACAGGCUCAGUUUUGGGUGAACAGACGCAGCUUUGGGUGGACGAGACGCAGCCUUGGGUGGACAGACGCAGUUUUGGGUGGACAGACGCAGCUUUGGGUGGACGAGACGCAGCUUUGGGUGGACAGACGCAGCUCUGGGUGGACGAGACGCAGCUUUGGGUGGACAGACGCAGCUCUGGGUGGACGAGACGCAGUGGUGUGAGAAGAUCGUUCCAGCGGUCUUAUUUCGCCUACCGCCAAGUUUGGGCUUGUCGUGCCCGCACCAGCUGGCAGCCCCGACUUGACACGGAUUUUUUGGUUGUUGUCGAGCGACAGCUCGUGGUGCCGCGCAGUGCGGGGGGGAUGAGAAGAGCGAGAUCGACCCUUUUUAUUUAUUUUCUUCGUGGUUCCCAAAGUACCGAAUUGAAAGCGGCGCCUCGUUUUGAUUUGCGUUAAUGAAGGCCACGUGUUCAGUCGAGUGAGUCAUCGCAGACACGUGGUCGAGGCUUGCACGUGGUGUUUAUUCGCCUUCGUGUGGAUCAUAAAAGACAUGACGAGGGCUUUGCCUACCGAGGCUGUGGCCAGCGGCAGCGAUGCGAGGGUGUAGUAUUAUCAUUAUUAUGCGCGUGCAUGACGCACGCACGCGCGCGUGUCGACUCGGUGACGGUAAAAUAAUGCUUCAGCGAGCAGCAGUGGUGGCUUGACCGGUGUAAUUAGUGACUCUCCAGCGCGAGUUGGCGCCGGAUGAAGCGCCGUCUGUUUAGGCAAUGGUUAAAUUCUCAGGACUUUCUCCACUCCCAUACGCGGUGCUGACUUGUGCGUGCCUCACAGUCUCAGCACCACGCAGCUGCAGCUGCUAGCCCGUGGGUAGUCACCAGACGGUUGUCAUCAUCAUCAUCAUCGCCAUCAGCAAGCCACCAGCAAGCUGCCUUCGCGAUUCCCCAACAAUGGGCCACUUCAUCAACAACAGCAGCAGCAGUAGCAGCAGCAGCAGCAGCAGCCGAAGCGUCAACGACUCCUUCUAUGACAACGACUUCUUCAACAGCUCGGGGCAGAUGUGGGACGCGGACGCGAGCAACGUGGUCAUCCCCUUCAUCUACGGAGUCGUGUGCCUGGUGGGUCUCUCCGGGAACUCGCUCGUCAUCUACAUCAUCCUGCGCUACGCCAAGAUGAAGACGGCCACCAACAUCUACAUCCUCAAUCUGGCCGUGGCCGACGAGCUCUUCAUGCUCAGCGUGCCCUUCCUGGCCACGGCGGCGGCGAUGCACCGAUGGCCGUUCGGCGCGGGCCUCUGCCGCCUGGUGCUCAGCGUGGACGGCAUCAACAUGUUCACGAGCAUCUUCUGCCUCACCGUGCUGAGCGUGGACCGCUACAUCGCCGUGGUGCACCCCAUCAAGUCGGCGCGUUACAGGCGACCCACCGUGGCCAAGCUGAUCAACCUCGGCGUGUGGGUCUUCUCGCUGACCGUCAUCAUGCCCAUCAUCAUCUACGCCGACACGGACUUCAUCCGCGAGGACCUCGUGAUAUGCAACCUCAUCUGGCCCAACGAGACGUGGUCGUCGGCGUUCGUCGUCUACACGUUCAUGGUGGGCUUCCUCGUGCCCGUGGUGGCCAUCUGCCUCUGCUACCUGCUCAUCAUCGUCAAGAUGCGCGUCGUCGCCCUCAAGGCGGGCUGGCAGCAGCGGCGGCGCUCCGAGCUCAAGAUCACCCGCAUGGUCAUGAUGGUGGUGGCGGUGUUCGUCGUCUGCUGGAUGCCCUUCUACAUCAUGCAGCUCGUCAACGUGUUCAGCCGCGCCCUCGACCCGCGCCUCACCAACUUCUUCGUCAUCCUCAGCUACGCCAACAGCUGCGCCAACCCCAUCCUCUACGGCUUCCUGUCGGACAACUUCAAGAGGCUCUUCCAGCGCAUCCUGUGCCUGCGCUGGGUGGAAGGCACGGCCGAGGAGCCCAUGGACUACCGCGCCACGGCGCCACGCAGUCGCCCGCUGGGAGGGCAGCAGCUGCCCGCGCAGCCGGCGGCGGCGGGAGGGGCGCACCACCACCGCCAACACAACAACAACAGCAGCAGCAACCCCGGGGCGAACGCCGCCACGGCGGCGCUCAUGGCCGCCCGCCUGGCCGGGAGCAGCACGGAACAGGGAGGGGGCGGCGGUAGGGCGCGCGCGGACGUGGGCGGCACGGCCAGCGGGAACUCCAGCACGGUGGGGGUGACCCCCGUGGCCGCCGCGGAUAACUGCGCGGCGGCGCCGUUGCACACGGUGUUCGGCAACGGCAUGUGCACGUCGCACACCACCACCCUGUAGCCAGCACGCGUGUGGCACGCGCGUGGCACGCUCGCACGCACGCUCGCUCGCCCGCGGUGCGUGCGGUGUUCAUCUAAGUUUGCAAGUUGCUGACUCGCCGCCCUGCCCCGUUCCCCUGGAGCCGUCCCUCCCUGGCUCUCUCGCCGAGCUGGUUUUCUGUGUUGCGGCAUCACUAAGCGACUUUGUAGAACUUUCUGACCCGACCCUGCUGUACGUCUGUGUAAAAAAAAAGAGCUUUAUAGCUUAUUCCUCCAGUACAAAUACAGAUUUGAAAUCUGAACGUUAGGCUGCCUUCAUUAGUGUGGUAAUUUUCAGUGCAAUAUACACUGCAAUUUAGUUUUUGCAAAUUUUCCACGCUAGAGUGUUUGUUUAUAUAUAUAUUACAGUCUGUCAUUACAGGCAUCCCUCGUUUUACUAAAAAGAUGCGUUCUUCAAUAAACACGGCGUUAAACGAAAUUUCGCAAAUCGCAAUGGCUUUUCCCAUUCAUAUCAUGCUUAAAAUUAGGGAUGCGUUUCGGACAGUCAUUCCAACUCUUCUUCCUAACCUAAAAUAAACACCUAUAUCACUUUCCACAGUACACUGAUUAACAACAAUGAACACACGUAUGAAAACUAUUGAAUGAUAAUUCAUUUUAAACUAAAAUAAUUAACCUUUCGGGGAAAGCACCAACAGAUCUGCAUUUUGGAAUUGACUGGGAAGGUUGUUCAUAUUCUUAGGUUUUUUCUGUAAA